AUGCCUGAACAUUUUGAUUCUCUCAGCUUCCAUAGUGAAACAGCUGUCGUGACUGGGACGACACAUGGACUAGGGCUGGCUUUUUGCGACGAGCUCGUGCAUCGGCACAUUGGCACCCUCAUUAUGGGAGUACGAAAUGUUAAAAGGGGUGAGGAAAUCAAAGCAAAUCUCCUGGAAAAAUCAAAAUCAAUUGCGGGAAGCUCCAAUGUUGUGAUCCACGUGGUAGAGCUUCAGAUGGGCGACUUUGAGAGUGUAAAAGCUUUUUCCGACCUGGUAAAAGCGCACACGCGUACGAUCGAUAUUGUACUUCUCAAUGCCGGUGUGGGUGGUCACGAUUUUCAGAUCACACAAAGCGGCCACGAAAGGAUCAUGCAAGUCAACGUCUACUCAAACGCGCUCUUGGUCCUAGAGUUACUUCCAUUGCUAGAGGAAACGGCAACCCUCAAAUCUAGACCUUCGCGCUUGACUUGGGUCGGAAGUUUCGUUCAGAUGAACCAUUCGCUAGUAAAGCAGCCUGUUCCCGGUGACCGACCAGUGAUGGAAUACCUUGAUGACAAACUUUUUUUCGACGGUAGGAGUCGCUAUCAAGACUCCAAGCUCAUAGGGAGUAUGGUCAUGAAGCAAAUGGCACGACGAAUCGACAAAAAUUCUGUCAUACUCAACGAAGUUUCACCGGGCCCUGUGUGGACAAAUUUUGGCGCGGUUUACCCCUUUUAUCUUCGAGUCUUGUUUGGGAUCAAGGUUUUUCUCUCAUCUAAACCAAAUUCAUUGUCCGAAGGUACCAGCAGGUAUUUGCACGCUAUUGCGCUCGUUGGGAAAGAAUCGCAUGGUUCAUACAUUAGUGACUACAAUAUAGCACAUGUAGUGUGCAUCCUUCCUAGUAUCCCCGACGUUGGUCACGAGUCCACUGCUCUAUCCUUUGUGGGCAACCUCACCGGCUUCGUCAACGUCUCUCUAGUCUACAAGACCACCUUCACUCGCCCAGCCAGCCUCGAUGAGGUACGCGGUAGUGGCCCGUGGGGCGCCAAUAUAAUCGCUGCUGCCGGCGGGUCUCGCCAGCCCCCUGCGCGCAAACGAGGGCGGCCUCGGAGUAUACGCCCGCCGAGCAAUAGAUGA